AUGUCUGUGUUCUUCCGCAGCGCAUUUUUGAGGCCCAAGCUUGGAAAACAAUAUGAAGCAUCGUGCGUGUCCUUUGAAAGGGUUUUGGUCGAGAACAAGCUGCACGGGCUUUCGCCGGCCCUCUCGGAAGCCAUCCAGAGCAUUUCUCGCUGGGAACUCGUCCAAGCCGCCUUACCACACGUGCUUCACUGCACGGCCACGCUGCUCUCCAAUCGCAACAAGCUAGGGCAUCAGGACAAACUCGGGGUGGCGGAAACGAAGCUCCUUCACACCCUCCACUGGAUGCUCCUGGAAGCCCCCCAAGACUGCAGCAAUGACCGCUUUGGGGGCGGAGACCGGGGGUCCAGCUGGAGAGGCAGCGGCAGCGCCUUCAUCCACCAGAUGGAAAACCAGGGCUCCCCGGGCCACGCCAGGCGGGACAGCACCUACGACGAGGAAGAGAAUAACCGGAGGAAGUUCUUCCAGAAUUCCAUGGCCACCGUGGAGCUCUUUGUCUUCUUGUUUGCUCCUCUCGUUCAUAGGAUCAAAGAAUCCGAUCUGACCUUCCGUCUGGCCAGCGGUCUCGUGAUCUGGCAGCCGAUGUGGGAACACAGGCAACCGGAAGUCUCAGCCUUUACCUCAAUGGUGAAACCCAUCAGGAACAUAAUUACAGCUAAGAGAAGUUCUCCAAUCAAAAACCAGAUCUUGACAUCUGAAUCUCCGAGUCUGGAUGCCGGAUGUACCGAGGGACUACAGGUGGUGUGUGAAACAGCCCGGCCCGACUCUGUGCCUCCCAGGCCAGCUGUUGCAGGUUGUCAUCGCGGGAACUCCAUUGAUGGGAGCGUGUCAUCCCAGGCGUCCCAGGAGAAGGGGCCUCCAUAUCCCAGGGUGUCUUUGGUAAUCCCGCCGUGCCAGAAGUCUCGGUAUGCCACCUACUUUGACGUGGCAGUGUUACGCUGCCUACUCCAGCCGCAUUGGUCCGAGGAAGGCACUCAGUGGUCCCUGAUGUAUUACCUCCAAAGGCUGCGCCACAUGUUAGAGGAGAAGCCUGAGAAAUCUCAGGAACCAGAACUCCCACCGUUGCCAAGACCCCGCAGCAGUUCCAUGGUGGCUGCAGCUCCCUCGUUGGUGAAUACUCACAAAACCCAGGAUCUGACCAUGAAAUGCAAUGAAGAGGAGAAAUCUCUAAGCACCGAAGCGUUUGCCAAAGUGUCAUUAACAAACCUGCGCCGGCCGGCCGUUCCGGACCUCUCCUCAGAUUUGGGAAUGAACAUUUUUAAGAAGUUCAAGAGUCGCAAAGAGGAUCGGGAGCGCAAGGGCUCCAUCCCUUUCCACCACACGGGGAAGAAACGGCAGCGGAGGAUGGGCAUGCCAUUCCUGGUCCACGAAGACCACUUGGAUGUCUCACCCACUCGGAGCACUUUCUCCUUCGGCAGCUUCUCUGGGAUCGGCGAGGACAGACGCGGGGUGGAGAGAGGAGGGUGGCAGACCACCAUUUUAGGAAGGUUCACCAGGCGGGGCAGUUCCGACACAGCGACGGAGAUGGAAAGUCUGAGUGCUCGAAAGAUACGUUCCCAGAUUUCCACCAUCACAGUGGCCACCUUCAACACCACGCUGGCCUCCUUCAACGUGGGCUACGCCGACUUCUUCAGCGAACACAUGCGCAAGCUCUGCCACCAGGUGCCCAUCCCAGAGAUGCCCCAUGAACCCCUGGCUUGUGCUAACCUCCCUCGGAGUCUAACGGAUUCCUGCAUCAACUAUAGCUGCCUUGAGGACACGGACCACAUUGACGGGACCAGCAACUUUGUCCACAAGAACGGCAUGUUGGAUCUCUCGGUGGUUCUAAAGGCUGUCUAUCUGGUCCUGAACCAUGACAUUAGUUCCCGAAUCUGUGACGUGGCCCUCAACAUCGUGGAAUGCCUGCUUCAGCUUGGCGUGGUGCCCUGUGUGGAGAAGGCCAGAAGGAAAAGCGAGAACAAAGAGAACGAGCCCAGCGAGAAGAGGCAGAGCGAGACCUCCUUCCACCUCAAGGGAGCUUUGAGCAAUUCGGCGUCUGGAUUCGGGGCUGCUCCCAUCAGUGGAACUGGAGAUGGUGGCGGGGAAGAUGGAGGAGGAGGGAUAGGGGGUGGUGGAGACGAUGGAGGCGACGGAGGAGGCGAUGGAGGAGGAGACGGAGGAGGAGGAGGAAGGCCUUAUGAAAAAAACGAUAAAAAGGAAGACAAGGAUGAAGGCACCCCAACAAGCACCCACAGGUUAGCUCUGACAAUGUUGAUCAAAAUUGUGAAGUCUUUGGGCUGUGCCUAUGGCUGUGGAGAAGGCCAUCGUGGGCUAUCGGGAGACCGCCUAAGACAUCAGGUGGGAUUUUCUAAGAAUGCACAGAAUUGCCUCACGAAAUUGUACAAGCUGGAUAAGAUGCAGUUCCGGCAGACCAUGAGGGACUACGUGAACAAAGACUCCCUCAACAAUGUGGUGGAUUUUUUACAUGCUCUGCUGGGAUUCUGCAUGGAGCCCGUCACUGACAACAGGGCUGGUUUUGGAAAUAACUUCAGCACAGUGGACAAUAAGUCUACGGCUCAAAGCGUGGAAGGGAUCAUUGUCAGUGCCAUGUUCAAAUCACUGAUCACCCGUUGUGCCUCGACUACACAUGAGCUCCACAGUCCGGAGAAUCUGGGAUUGUACUGUGACAUCAGACAGCUGGUUCAGUUUAUCAAGGAAGCUCACGGGAAUGUCUUUAGAAGAGUAGCUCUCAGCGCACUUCUGGACAGUGCAGAGAAAUUGAUCCCAGGCAGAAAAACAGAGGAAACAACUGAACACGAACCCAAACCACCAAGCAGUAAAAGAUCUGAAGUAGGCAGUGUCGUAAUUGACAAGGGUCAGCCAUCUUCUGCCCCCGAUGAAUGCCGCAGUUAUAUCUCAAGUCGCCCACUGCAGACCCCAGAGCACGACGAGCAGAUGCAAGGAGCUGCCCUCGGCCGCAAAGAUUUCUGGAGGAAGAUGUUCAAAUCGCAGAGCGCUGCGAGCGAUACCAGCAGCCAGUCGGAGCAGGAUACCUCGGAGUGCACCACUGCACACUCAGGGACUACCACGGAGAGGCGUUUGCGCUCCCGCUCGAGACGGAUCUCUCUUCGGAAGAAGCUCAAACUGCCCCUAGGUAAACGGAAUUGGUUGAAACGCUCAUCGCUUUCUGGUCUGACGGAUGGUGUCGAAGACCUUCUGGAUAUCAGCUCUGUAGACCGCCUCUCUUUCAUUAGGCAGAGUUCCAAGGUGAAAUUCACGAGUGCGGUGAAGCUGUCUGAAGGCGGCCCAGGAAGCGGUUUGGAGAAUGGGCGAGAGGAAGAGGAGAAUUUCUUCAAGCGUCUUGGCUGCCAGACCUAUGAUGAUCACGUGGCUUCCAACCAAGAUGGAGGCAAGUCCAAAAACGUUGUGAACCUCGGAGCCAUACGGCAAGGGAUGAAGCGCUUUCAGUUUCUCCUAAACUGCUGCGAGCCUGGAACGAUACCCGAUGCCUCUAUCCUGGCAGCUGCCCUGGAUCUUGAGGCACCCGUGGUGGCAAGAUCCGCCCUUUUCCUGGAAUGUGCACGUUUUGUUCACCGCUGCAACCGUGGCAAUUGGCCGGAGUGGAUGAAGGGGCACCACGUGAACAUCACUAAAAAGGGCCUUUCCCGUGGACGAUCCCCGAUAGUGGGGAACAAACGAAACCAGAAGUUGCAAUGGAAUGCAGCCAAGCUCUUUUACCAGUGGGGAGAUGUCAUCGGCGCCCGCCUUAACGAGCUCUGCCACUGCGAAAGUGAGAGCCCGGCCAAUUUGCUGGGGCUUAUUUACGACGAGGAGACCAAGCGGAGGCUGAGGAAAGAGGAUGAGGAAGAAGACUUUUUAGAUGACAGUACUGUGAACCCCACCAAAUGUUGUUGUCCUUUUGCCCUGAAGAUGGCUGCUUGCCAGCUUCUCCUGGAAAUCACCACGUUCCUCCGGGAGACUUUUCCUUACAUGCCCAGGCCACGUACCGAACCUCUUGUGGAUCUGGAGAGCUGUCGGUUGCGUUUGGACCCGGAGAUGGACCGGCACAGGUAUGAGAGGAAGAUCAGCUUUGCAGGAGUUCUGGACGAGAACGAAGACUCCAAAGACUCCUUGCAUAGUAGCAGCCACACCCUGAAAUCUGACACGGGUUGCGAAGAGAAGAAAGAAGGCAGCCCGUGGAGCACAAGCGAACCCAGCAUAGAACCGGAAGUGCUGAGCAGCACCGGCACAGAAGAAAACUACCAUCGGAAUAUGUCUUGGCUACACGUGAUGAUCCUGCUUUGCAACCAGCAGAGUUUCAUUUGCACCCACAUUGACUACUGUCACCCUCACUGCUACCUCCACCACAGCCGUUCCUGCGCACGGCUGGUCCGGGCAAUCAAGCUCCUCUACGGAGACACCGUGGAUUCCCUCCGUGAAAACAACUUGCUCAAUAAUGUGACUCGGGGCAAAAAGCAGAAAGAGUGCUCGGACAAGUCGUGCUUGAGAACCCCCUCCCUGAAGAAAAGAGUGAUAGAUUCCAAUCUGGAAGGAAAGAAGGAUUCUGGGAUGUUGAAAUACAUCCGGCACCAGGUGAUGAGUCUGUCCCCAGCCCCGUUAUCACUGCUGAUCAAGGCAGCUCCCGUCCUCACAGAAGAGAUGUACGGGGACAUCCAGCCUGCAGCCUGGGAGCUGCUGCUCAGCAUGGAUGAGCACAUGGCCGGUGCAGCAGCUGCCAUGUUCCUUCUGUGUGCCGUAAAAGUGCCCGAGGCGGUAUCGGAUAUGCUGAUGUCUGAAUUCCAUCACCCCGAGGCCGUGCAAAGGCUGAAUGCAAUUCUCAAGUUCCACACCCUUUGGAGGUUCAGGUAUCAAGUCUGGCCGCGGAUGGAAGAAGGAGCUCAGCAGAUCUUUAAGAUUCCUCCGCCCAGUAUUAACUUCACCUUGCCGUCCCCUGUGCUGGGAAUGCCCUCUGUGCCCAUGUUCGAUCCUCCGUGGGUUCCACAGUGUGGUGGGAGUGUGCAGGACCCAAUUAAUGAAGAUCAGUCCAAAUCAUUCUCAGCCCGGGCGGUGUCUCGUUCUCAUCAGCGGGCGGAGCACAUUCUAAAGAACCUGCAGCAGGAAGAGGAGAAGAAGCGUCUCGGCCGAGAAGCGAGUCUGAUCACGGCCAUUCCCAUCACCCAGGAGGCUUGUUAUGAACCCACCUGUCCCCCCAACGCAGAGCAGGAAGAAGAAGUAGAAGAAGUCACCAACCUGGCAUCUCGCCGUCUCUCUGUCAGUCCGUCUUGCACCUCUAGCACGUCACACAGGAAUUACUCCUUCCGGCGUGGCUCUGUAUGGUCAGUCCGUUCAGCGGUCAGUGCAGAAGAUGAGGAGCACACGACAGAACACACGCCGAACCAUCACGUCCCACAGCCUCCGCAAGCGGUGUUCCCAGCAUGCAUCUGUGCAGCCGUGCUUCCCAUUGUUCACUUGAUGGAAGACGGAGAAGUCCGGGAGGAUGGCGUAGCAGUGAGCGCCGUGGCUCAACAGGUCCUGUGGAACUGUCUCAUCGAAGAUCCUUCAACAGUUCUUCGGCACUUUCUGGAGAAGCUGACGAUCAGCAAUCGGCAGGAUGAGCUGAUGUACAUGCUGAGGAAGCUGCUACUCAACAUUGGAGACUUCCCUGCUCAGACGUCCCAUAUCCUCUUCAAUUACUUGGUGGGACUGAUCAUGUAUUUUGUCCGUACGCCAUGUGAAUGGGGCAUGGAUGCCAUUUCAGCAACUCUGACCUUCCUAUGGGAAGUGGUGGGCUACGUAGAAGGACUCUUCUUCAAGGAUCUCAAACAGACUAUGAAAAAAGAGCAGUGUGAAGUGAAGCUGCUAGUUACUGCCUCAAUGCCAGGCACCAAGACCUUGGUGGUUCAUGGGCAAAACGAAUGUGAUAUCCCAACCCAGUUACCUGUGCAUGAAGAUACCCAGUUUGAAGCCCUUUUAAAGGAAUGUCUGGAAUUUUUUAACAUACCUGAAACCCAGUCUUCUAACUACUUUUUAAUGGAUAAACGAUGGAACCUUAUUCAUUAUAAUAAGACCUACGUCCGUGAUAUUUAUCCAUUCCGACGAUCAGUAUCCCCCCAGUUGAACCUGGUCCACAUGCAUCCAGAGAAGGGUCAGGAGCUCAUUCAGAAACAGGUGUUUACGCGCAAGCUAGAGGAAGUGGGCCGGGUGCUGUUCCUCAUUUCUUUGACUCAGAAGAUCCCCGCAGCUCACAAGCAGUCCCAUGUGUCUCUGCUCCAAGAGGACCUCCUGCGCUUGCCCUCUUUCCCACGCAGCGCCAUCGAUGCGGAGUUCUCCCUUUUCAACGACCCACAAGCUGGAAAAGAGCUCUUUGGCCUUGACACCCUUCAGAAAAGCUUGUGGAUUAAACUCCUGGAGGAGAUGUUCCUGGGGAUGCCCAGUGAAUUUCCCUGGGGGGACGAAAUCAUGCUCUUCUUGAACGUCUUCAACGGAGCCCUGAUCCUGCACCCGGAGGACAGUGCGCUGUUGAGGCAGUAUGCGGCCACGGUCAUCAACACAGCCGUGCACUUCAACCACCUCUUUUCCCUCAGUGGGUAUCAGUGGAUCCUUCCCACGAUGCUUCAGGUAUACGCCGACUACGAAAGCAACCCCCAGCUACGUCAAGCAACUGAGUUUGCCUGUCGCCAGUUUUACAUUCUGCAUCGUAAGCCGUUUGUGCUGCAACUAUUUGCCAGCGUGGCUCCGCUCCUGGAGUUUCCUGAUGCGGCCAGCAACGGACCGAGCAAAGGGGUGUCAGCUCAGUGUCUCUUUGACUUGCUGCAGUCCUUGGAAGGAGAUACGGUGGACAAUCUGGACAUUCUAGAAUUGGUGAAAGCAGAAAAGCCUCUGAAGUCUUUAGAUUUCUGCUACGGCAACGAGGACCUGACUUUUUCCAUCAGUGAGGCCAUCAAGUUGUGUGUCACCGUUGUGGCCUAUGCCCCCGAAUCAUUCCGAAGUCUUCAGAUGCUGAUGGUCCUGGAAGCCCUGGUGCCCUGUUACCUGCAGAAGCUCAAGAGGCAGACCUCCCAAGUGGAGACGGUGAGCGCCGCUCGAGAAGAGAUAGCGGCUACGGCUGCACUCGCAACAUCCCUACAAGCCCUCUUGUACAAUCUUUCUCCAUUGAACAGGCCAAUGACAGCCCCUCAGAUGAGUCGGUGCGAUCAAGGCCAUAAAGGAACCACUACUGCUAAUCAUACCAUGUCAUCAGGGGGCAAUGCCAGGUACCCAGAGCAAGGAGCCAAGCUGCACUUUAUCAGGGAAAACCUUCAUUUGCUGGAGGAAGGCCAAGGCCUCCAGCGGGAGGAGCUGGACGAGAGGCUCGCUCGCGAGGAGUUCAGGCGGCCCCGUGAGUCGCUGAACAUCUGCACGGAGUUCUACAAGCACUGUGGCCCCCGGCUGAAGAUUCUGCAGAACCUGGCCGGAGAGCCCAGGGUGACUUCUCUGGAGCUGCUGGACGUCAAAUCCCAUAUGAGGUUGGCAGAAAUUGCACAUUCCCUUCUGAAGCUGGCGCCGUACGACACCCAGACGAUGGAGAGCCGCGGGCUCCGGCGCUACAUCAUGGAGAUGCUGCCCAUCACUGACUGGACGGCCGAGGCUGUGCGGCCAGCCCUGAUCCUCAUCUUAAAGAGACUGGACCGUAUGUUCAAUAAAAUUCACAAGAUGCCUACUUUGAGGAGACAGGUUGAGUGGGAGCCUGCCAGCAAUUUGAUUGAAGGGGUUUGUUUGACACUUCAGAGGCAGCCAAUCAUAUCCUUCCUCCCUCACCUUAGGUCACUGAUCAAUGUCUGUGUCAAUCUGGUGAUGGGAGUAGUGGGACCUUCCAGUGUGGCCGAUGGAUUACCCCUUCUUCAUCUCAGCCCUUAUCUCUCGCCACCUCUGCCCUUCAGCACAGCUGUUGUCCGGCUUGUAGCAUUGCAGAUUCAGGCUUUGAAAGAAGAUUUCCCCUUAAGCCACGUGAUCUCCCCAUUCACCAAUCAGGAAAGAAGGGAAGGAAUGCUUUUAAACCUACUGAUUCCAUUUGUGCUCACAGUAGGAUCAGGAAGCAAAGACAGCCCUUGGCUGGAGCAGCCUGAAGUCCUCUUGCUGCUCCAGACGGUCAUCAACAUCCUGCUGCCACCUCGCAUCAUCAGCACAUCCCGCAGCAAGAACUUCAUGCUGGAGAGCUCCCCGGCCCACUGCUCCACGCCAGGCGAUGCAGGGAAGGACCUGCGCAAGGAAGGCCUGGCCGAGUCCACGAGCCAGGCGGCCUACUUGGCCCUGAAGGUGAUCUUAGUCUGCUUUGAGCGUCAACUUGGCAGCCAGUGGUAUUGGCUGAGCCUUCAGGUCAAAGAGAUGGCUUUGCGGAAAGUGGGAGGCCUGGCCUUGUGGGAUUUCCUGGAUUUUAUUGUCCGCACCCGGAUUCCUAUCUUUGUGCUCCUUCGACCUUUCAUUCAGUGCAAGUUGCUGGCUCAGCCUGCUGAGAAUCAUGAGGAGAUGAUGGCCCGCCAACACAUCGCUGACCAGCUCGAACGGCGCUUCAUUCCCCGUCCUCUGUGCAAGAGCUCCCUUAUUGCAGAAUUCAACAAUGAACUGAAGAUCCUCAAGGAAGCCGUGCACAGUGGCUCAGCCUAUCAAGGGAAGACCUCCAUCAGCACUGUGGGCACGUCCACCUCUGCGUACCGGCUGAGCCUGGCCACGAUGUCCCGCUCCAAUACUGGCACUGGAACAGUCUGGGAACAAGAUAGCGAGCCUUCCCAACAGGCUUCCCAGGAUACCCUGAGCCGGACGGACGAGGAGGACGAAGAGAAUGACUCGGUGAGCAUGCCCAGUGUGGUAAGUGAACAAGAAGCAUACCUUAUGGGUUCCGUUGGGAGGAGGCGAUUCUCCAGCCAUCUCUCCAGCAUGUCUGCACCUCAGGCUGAGGUGGGCAUGUUACCCAGCCAAAGUGAACCCAAUGUCCUCGAGGACUCCCAGGGCCUGGCCGCUGUGGGCAGCCUUACUAGGGUAGCGAGUGUGCAGAGCGAACCGGGACACCACAAUCUCCUUCUGCAGCAGCCGCUGGGAAGGAAAAGGGGCCUGAGGCAGUUGAGGAGGCCCCUUCUGUCACGUCAGAAAACCCAAACUGAACCGCGCAGCCGUCACGGAGCCCGACUCUCCACCACACGCAGAAGUAUACAGCCGAAAACAAAACCUACCGUGGACCAGAAGCGAUCUGUGACUUUUACUGAAGCACAGUCAGAGGCCUCCAGCUUGACCCCUGACCCAGCCCCGACAGCAGCCCAGCAGCAGAGCGGCAAAAGGGGCAGCCCUGCGGGUGGCGAGAAGCAGGAGGCAACCAGCAAGCCUGUCCUGACCUCCUCCCCGGCCAUUAUUGUGGCUGACCUCCACAGCCAAGCCACCACCAGCCAGAGUGAGAUGCUUUCUGUUGAGAAGGAUAAAAAAAAGGAGGACAAUCCAGAGGCAAGGUUGGCUCAAGCCCCCGGGAGCCCCCCACCCUCGCAGAUGUCAGACACGGAGGAUUUUACAGGCCUGGAGACCACGAGCUUAUUGGAGCAUGGAGACACUGUCCUCCACAUUAGUGAGGAUAAUGGGAUGGAAAACCCCCAGUUCACCUUCACACAUGUCGAGGUGGGGCAGACUGACACUGGCCUGGAUGAGUCCCACGUUUGA